AUGCGCUCCACGAUGAAGCGGGCAAAGAGGGGUGGUUCGUUCGACAGCUCAGACCAAAUGUCAACGGGAAGCGAGAUAUUGGUGACGCAAACAAUCGACGGUUCUGCCAACCAGGGUUCGCCACCAGUUUUGGCGCGCCGGACACUCACGGGACAAACCGAAAAAUCUCAUGGAGUGGGAAAUGCCGAUGCAACUCAAGCCAGCAGCAGCACACCCCAAGAUGGUGAUGAUGAUGAUGGUGCGUUAGUGGUGGAGAAGGAAUACUUGCGACUGCAGCACUUUUGUGCGUGGUACGAUCACCGAGGUCUUGAGCCGAUGCGACCACCAGAUGGCACCGUGCUAACGCGUCGUGGGCGAAAGCCCCACCCAGCGGCUGAUGCCCGUGAGAAGGAGGAGGCGUCCCGAGUCCUGGCUCGCGCGGAGGCGGAGGCGUGUUUCACCAGGAACAUGGCAAAAUGCAAGUGCGAGCCACGCUGCCACAUGCCGGAUGCUCUUGACUGGGCGAUCGCGCAUCGGGCCCUAACCGAGGAGAGACGGCUGAGCAUUGUGCGCAGCAUUUUAUCCGCAAUUGCUGCACCGCCAGGGCGGUACAACGCGCUUCUUGAGACGCACGGCCCAUCGGCACCAGCCCGCACCACUGUGGCCUACUGCUUCCGCGGCACUCGCUUGUGUAAGGCCGCCUUCUGUGCGAUCAUGCAAGUGUCAGACGUCACGGUGAAGCACCUUACAAGAGACCUUGCCCUGCGCAUAGACGCCGAGAAGGUGGAGAGCAAGCGCGGCACAAGCUCGUUGGGCCGGCAAACACUCCGUGUCCGUGCGGCCGUCGACUUUAUCCUGGGCUACGCUGCAUUCUUCGGCGAACCGUGCUCAUCCGCACGCGGCUCCAGUCCGGGUGCACCCAUCAUCCACCUCCCACGAGAAACCACCAAAAUGGCCUUACACAAGGUGUACAAACAGGCAUUCCCUUUGUGGGUGACUGUCUUCAAGCACCACAACGACGUUUCGGCUCCCGUGACGCAGCUCUCCUUGCAAGGCUUUGGACGUGUGUGGCGCGAGCAUGUGCCACAGGUCCGUGUGCUGGCGACGGGAUCCGACUUCUGUGACUUCUGCACCAUGGCCAGGGAGGCAAGCAAGUCUCCAAACGUGCGCCCGGAGCUGUUGCAGGAGCUUGAUCGGCACAUCACGCAGGCGAAGGCAAGGCGCAGCAUUUACAACGCACUCCGCGCCAGCGCACUGCUUCCCGACUGCGACUUCACGCAUCUGACCAUCGACUUUGCGCAGCACUACCUUCUUCCGUCGUUUAACCGAGAGCCGGCGCGCAUCUUCUACGUGACUGGGCUCAAGGUGGACAUUUUUGGUGUCUGCGUCAGCAACACACAUGUGAACACCGUGUACCCUCUGGUUGAGGGGCGAUGGCCGGGCAAGAAGGACUCGAACUGCACCGUCAGCCUCCUGAACCACACAUUAUGCACUGCAGUGCCGCCUCACAGGAAGCUGCAUCUCUCAGCUGACAACGCUGCGUCGCAGAACAAGAACCGCAACAUGGUACGCUACUGUGCCCUGCUUGUGCUGCUGGAACGCUACGAUGAGGUGACGCUGCACUUCCUGCUUCGCGGGCACACCAAGAACGUGUGUGACGCACAGUUUGGGGUGUUGAAGCGAGCGGUGAACAGGGAGGGCGCGCUAACGCCGCCGGAGCUGGAAGAGCGCAUUCGCACCUGCACCAGGGGGUACACAGCGUGUGGCAAGACGGAUGAGGUGGCGUUUGUGGAUUGGGGUGAGAUGUUUGACCGCUUCUUUGUGAAAGUGGUGCCUGGGGUGAGUGAGUACCACACCUUCAGCUUCUCGGCUGCAUUCCCUGGCAGCGUGAUGGUGCAAGACGGUGACGGACCUGGCAGUUUAGUGCAUUUGUUGAAGCCUGAUGUGGACCCUGCGUAUAUCAUGGCUACGGGCGCCAUCCCCGUCAUUGUCGUCGAUCACUACGUGCUGCCCUACCAGGACCUGCUGGACUGGGGGACGUUCAGCAUCCGCAUUCCCGAGCACAGGCUCCUCGAGCUUCCGAGGAUCCUGCGGUCAAUCCCUGAUGAGGUGGUGGAGAUGAUGCAGAGACGCGUUGUGUUUGUGUAUGGGGAGUUCUUCAAGUCCCUCUCCACCCAAGUGCACACAGCGCCGCUGGAGUCUGCCAGGAUCAACCUGUUCAUUGGCGACAACGCGUGGCAGAGGACCCUUGAGCCAGCAGAUGUCACCCCCUCCUGCACCAACCACCACUGCUCUGAUGGGAUGAACAGACGAGCGUUGCCAUGCGAUGACCAUCUAGCCACGCUUGUGCGGCUGUGGAAGCAACAGCAGCAACUCACACCACAAAGCAAGCAAGCGAUGAGCAACGUGACUGCUGCUUAUCUUCCCCUCUCUUCCUCGCCCUCCCUCGCGGCCAUCACAACAACAACAACAACAGCAGCAGCCAACACACCCUCCACCGCCGAUGCAGCAGCAGCAGCAGCAGAGAAUGCACCACCACCACCACUUGCUGCUGAACACAUUCCCCGACCAACCAACCAGCCAACCAACCCAUCGCCCGUUGCUGAUGGCGGAAGCUGGCUGCCUGCAGCUGGUAACAGGAGGCGACAGCACAAGUUGCAUUUUCGGCGGGCAGCAGCAGCAGAGGCGAUGCACACGCACAAGCAGGAUGAGGGAAAUGUCAAGGAUACUUGUCACGCGUGCCAGCUGCACUCGCCUCACACAUGCGUUGAGGAGGCGCAUGAAGCAGUGGAACCAACGACGAUGACGAUGACAAGUGCUGGAGGGCCAUGCAUCCGUCUGCAUCCAACCGACUAA